AUGAAGAGGAGGAGGAAGGAUUAGAAGAAGAGGAAGAACUGGAAGGGGAGGAGGAAGAAGAGUAUGAAGGUGAAGAUCUGGAGGAGGAAGAAGAAAAGGAGGAAGAGAUGGGAGAUGAAGAUGAGCCUGACACAAAGUACCCUGAUGCAGCUCCUCCUGAAAGCGAUGAAGAUGAUGAACAUGACGUGAAAGAAGAGGCAGGAGAUGAAAAAGAUGUCCCCGAGUAUAAGCAGGAGAAAGAGGAGGAAGAUGAUGUGGAGGAAUCUUCAGAAGAACCUGCAGCUGCUGAGGAUGAAGUUCAAGUUUCUCCUGAAGCUGUUUCUACCUCUGAAGAAGAGGAGACAGAGGUGUCUUCAGAAUCAUACGUUGCUCUUGAUGAAGACAGCAGUGAUGAUGCAUUCAGUGACAUUUCAGACGUCAGUGAGUCAACACCUCUGUCUACUGAGGAAGACGAGACUGACACUGGUGAUGACGAAGACGAUGUUAAAUUAACUGACAGCUUUCCACUGUCUGAUGCUGAUGAUAUAGAUGUUUCUCCUGCUUAUGAUGAUGGUGAUGAUCACCUUCCUCCUCUUCCUGUAGAAGACACUGAAGAUGAUGAUCGUGUGGACCAAUCAGACAAGGACAUCUCUGUUGGGUCCUCUGAUCAAUUUGCAGACGAUGAAGACGAGGAGGAGGACAUUGAUGUCAAAAAUGACUUUGAAAGAGAUGUCCAUGUUGAAAAAAGCAGUGAAAGCACUGCUCUGGACAAACUCGAAGAUGUCACCAAAGAAGACAUCCAUGAUGAAGAUGAAGAAGAGGAUGGUGACAUUCUUCACUUUGAGAGUCUGGACAGUGGUGUGCUGGGUGAUGAGGACGAAGAUGACGACUUUGUCUCCAGCACUGAUGUGUCUGAUGAUACGACCAGUGAAGAAGAUGAAGAUGUUGACACCAGCUCACUGGAAUUCACCUUCGACCAAGAACAUCCAGAGAUGAAAGAAUCCCUCACUGACGUAGAUGAAGGAGAUGAGAUCACAUCAGAGUCCUUCACAGAUGAAGAUGAUGAUGAAGAAGACACAUUGCUAAAAGCCCCUGCAGCAGCUUUUACUGUCCAGCAGGAGGCAGCAAAGCCUGAGGCAGAGACAGAGGAGGAAGACGAUGACGUCACACAGGUGGAUGACGAUGAGACUGAGGAGACGGAUGCAGAGAUAUUUGUUACAGGUCAACGUGUUGCUCCUGUGGACGAGGAUGAGCAGGAAGAUGAAGAGGAGCCGUUGACCGCGCCACCAAAACCCGAAGCUGAUGAUGAAAAAGAGGAGUAUGACGAAGAUAGCGAUGAGGAAAAGGCAACAGUGGAUGUGAUGAAACCGUUGCCUGAACCUGAGGAAGACACAGCAAAGUCUGUCCCCACAGUGUGUCCCUGCUUGCAUUCUGCCAAACAGCCAGUCACCAAGGCUGCAACCAAAAGAGAAGCAGAAGCUCCCAGGAGAGUUUCAGCUGUGAGAAGAAAAAAAGACCAACACAUUACCAAGAUGGGGGAAAAGCCAAAAAGAAAAGUUCUUCCCAGAAUUGCAAUUUUGGAACCGAAGGUCAAGAGGAUCAGAAGUCUGCCUGGUCUUCUAAAAGCCACGAGAGAGACGAAGGCCAAGAUUUCUAAAACAGGAACUCAAAAACAAGCUGAGGAUACAGAAUCUGGGCAGGAAGUUGGUCCGUGCCGGCCUGCACCUGUCUACUGUCCGUCUCCACCAGGCUGGUACGUUCAUCACAUAGUCACAGACAAUCCGUACCCCCCACAGACGAUCUCAGCGCCCUCAGCUCCGAUUGUGACCACCCAUCCUGCCGCUCCACAAAUGCAGCCUCAAUACCAACAACCACUGCCUUAUGUCCAGUAUCAGCCAUAUCUACAACCAGUGCAACCACCAGUCCAGCCGCCACCAGAACCAAUCCAACCAGUGCACCCUGCUGCCACCGAUCAGGCACCUCCUGUGCAGCCUGAGAUCCAGGCUCCACCUGCUGAAGCUCCGGCUGCAGCUUCAAUCCACGAACCAGAGACGGAUGAUGAAGAUCUGAAAGCUGCUUCAACAGAGAAAGCUGCAAAGAAGAAAACAACAGUGGCUUCUCCAAAGAAAGAAUCGACAGCAGUGAAAGAAAAAACAAAGACUGGUAAUUCAUUUUUCACCUUCAAGAACAUUUGA